ACGGACCACGGCGAAACGCUGGUCACGGAUCUGAUCAUCUGCUGCACCGGGCUCAAGAUCAACUCUGCAGCCUACAGCGCCACCUUCAAUGACAGUAUGGCUGAAAACGGGGCCUUGAAGGUCAACGGCCACUUGCAGGUCGACGGUUUCUCCAACAUCUUCGCCGUGGGUGACUGCACCAAUGUCAACGAGCCCAAGACGGCGUACAACGCCGGCUUCCACGCCGCUGUCGCCGUGGCCAACAUUGCCAACAGUGUGAGCGGGAAGGAGCUGACUUCCUAUCAAACAGGUAACGUCACCAUGCUGCUGGCGAUGGGCCAUGACGACGGCGUGGGUCAAUACAACGGCUUCAGGCUGCCCCGCUGGUUCGUCGCCUGGGGAAAAAGUCGAGAUGUCCUGGUGUGGAAGAGCUGGAAGGAGAUGAAGCAGAAACAGCCCUGAGACUCUAACUCACGCGCAUGCAUGCACACGCGUGUGCGCAUGCAUGCGCGUGUGCAUGCAUGCACACAUGCCAAUCAUUUAUAACUGGGAAGUACAUUUUCUAAAGAAACUGCAGUGUGAAUGCUUGAAUCUGAAUGUAUGCACUAAAAUGAAU